AUGGCGCGCCACUUUGCUCUGGGUACAUGGUACGACGCGUACAAUAUGAGUGAUCCAUCGGUAUUUGCACUUCAAACAUCUAAUUCACCACGUCCAGUGACACAAACGUCUAAAUCAACACGUCCGGUGACACAAACAUCUAAAUCAACACGUCCUGUAUCCCAAGAAUCUUAUUCAACAUUCAUCUUGUCGUGGUCACCUCAUCCUUCAUCUUCUAUGUCUCAAUCAUCGAAUCCGUGGUUAUUGUCAGAACCAAAUGCAAAUCAAAACGAAAUCGGACAGAAUUCAUCGGUCGCUUCAUCUUUCAAAGCAAAUUACUACUGGCUGAUUUUUAUUUUCUUCUUGAAUUAA